AUAGGUGCACAAACACAAGCGCUGUACUGAAAGUCCAGAGCAAGAUGGCGGUGCCUUUCACUGGUUAACAGAAGCUGGCUGAUUGGGCUAAGGGGAUGAUCGAGAAAAGCCCGGAAUCCGUUUGCUUCCGGCUUCAGAACCUUUUACGUUCCAACCAGUCCCACCUUUCGACUCUUGCCGCUAAUUCCUUUGGAUCUGCCCAAAAUUCCCUACCUAUGCUUACAUCCUGAAAUAUUUUGCCUAUUUUCAAAGUUUUGAGCGCUGUAAGAUCUUUGUUCCCAUUUGGAUUGAUUUCUGUGCAGAGUGAGAGGGAUGACUGUCUGUAGCCUUUGACUUCUCUGCACGGCUUGCCAAAGAGGCUGGCACUGAUGCUAACGUCCGUUCUGAUGCCCGUGUUAAAAUUUAGGUGGAACUAAAGAUGUAGGCUAUGUUUCUCCUCUGCGUGACGCACGUGGCACGCUGUUUUCAUUAACAUGGCUCUGUGGUGUAAUCUGAAGCUGGGUUGCGACACCUUCCUUGCUCUCUAUGUUCAACUUCUCUGUCAUCUAUGAUUUCAAAUACAUUUUUGGGGGCGUUUCCUAAACUUUGAAGAUUAUCACUGAAGUUUCGUUGGACAUUGCAUCGGAUUUUGGUAAUAUAGCAAUUUUCUCAUUAUUUCCGAUUUUUUUAUGUAUAAAAGAAUAUUGCUUACAUGCUAGCAAUCUUGUAAUUGUUUUGAGCUGUGUGGGAUUCAGCUAACAAAUGCUGAGGAGAAUUUAUAACGUUUAUAUGCAUAUUUAUUUAGAGGGCAUGUUUUAUGGCCCCUCGUGACAGCAAUUUUCAUAAAUAAUUCAUACAUUUCCUAAAAUUAAGGUGCAGUCUUGAGCUGUUUGGUUCAUUUUAAUCAAGUUCGUGCAAUCUAAAUCUCUCUCCCCUUACUGACUUUUUGUUUGCCUCAUCUCUCAAUGCCUCUGAGACCAUGGAAACCUCCUAAUGUUCGUGCAGAGACCCGUGUUUUCAUUGAGUCCUGGUAGAAUGUCAUUGUGCAGCUACAUUGUUGCAUUUCUUUCUCCAUUGAUCUUUAACUGGUAAAUUAGCAUCUGUAGCUUUGGGUAGAGGCCAUAUUUGUCCGUGUUCAUAGGUUUGAUUUCGUGGCAGCAUAUCUUCUACUCUUGAUGAUAUUUUGAGUUGAUAUUUGUAGAUGUAACUAUGGUCACCCUUUAAAAAUUCAUAUACGAACACUUAUGCACACAUACACCUAUCCACACUUGGGGGCCAGUACAUGAGAGACACUUGUAUAUUUGUGUGCAUUCAUUCAGAUUUUGAGACACUGGGCUAGAGUAUCUCAUUACAAUUUUAUUUCCCCUUUUCUCCUUUUUAGCGUGUCUCUUGCUGUUGUUGGUUUUUAAUUCUUCUCGUUUUUGCCUCCUCUUCCAAUACAACUUUAUAAUUAUAUUUGAAGUUCAUUAACUAUUUUUCUCAUAGUUACGGUGGAUUAUUUUGACAUUCAUACUGAACACAGCUUAAAGUUAGCCAUUAUUUUGUCUUCAUCUCAAAUGAUAUAAAAGAUAUUAUAGUGUUUUUUUCUUAGUUGUGGCGAUUCCCCUUCCCAACUUAGGUACUACUAUUUCCCAAACCCAUUCUCUUGUAAUUUCCUUAGGCCUUCACAGGACAGACCAUUUUGCACAUUCAUGUGUGUUUGUUUGUGUGCACCACACAUUUGCCAGUUUUUUUACUCAGAACCCAAUGCUACAUUUCAGCCCUUCCAUCUGGUCUAAUUUUCUUUCUUCCUGAAGCAUGUCCUUUAGAAUUUCAUUUAGGGAAAGUCUGUAUAUAAUAAAACUCCCAGACUCGCCAUUCUCAGGAUGUCCUUAGCUCGCCUCUGUUCUGGAAACUUAGUUUUACUUGUGCCGAUGGUUUCUAGGGUGGCAUUUUUCUUUCCCAGAGUACUGUACACUGUCUUCUGAUAGCCGCAUCAUCACUCUAUCGAACCAUCACUCAUCAAUAUGAUUUUCUGCUUGAAUUUCUACUACAUCACAAUGUUGCGGGACCCGGUGUCACGUUACCUGAGUGAAUGGAAACACGUUCAACGAGGGGCCACAUGGAAAACCUCUCUCCAUAUGUGUGAUGGAAGAAGCCCCACCCCAGAUGAGCUGCCUACCUGCUAUCCUGGGGAUGACUGGUCUGGGGUCAGCUUGCGGGAGUUCAUGGAUUGUAGCUACAACCUGGCUAACAACCGCCAAGUCCGCAUGCUGGCUGACCUCAGCCUAGUGGGCUGCUACAACUUGACUUUCAUGAAUGAAAGUGAGCGCAACACCAUCCUGCUGCAGAGUGCUAAGAACAACCUAAAGAACAUGGCCUUCUUUGGGCUCACUGAAUUCCAGAGGAAGACACAGUUUCUCUUUGAGAGGACAUUCAACUUGAAGUUCAUUUCUCCCUUCACACAGUUCAACAUCACACGGGCUUCCAAUGUGGACAUCAACGAUGGAGCCCGUCAGCACAUUGAGGAGUUGAAUUUCCUGGACAUGCAGCUUUAUGAGUAUGCAAAGGAUCUCUUUCAGCAACGCUACCACCACACCAAACAGCUAGAGCACCAGAGGGACCGACAAAAGAGGCGUGAGGAGCGGAGGCUGCAUCGAGAGCACAGAGCACAUCGGUGGCCCAAAGAGGAUAGGGCCAUCGAGGGGACUGUCACUGAGGACUACAACAGCCAGGUGGUUAGAUGGUGACCCUCUGCCUGCUCCUUUUUAUGAAGGGAGAUAAGCAGGCACCUCCUCCUUCUCUUGGAUUACUUGGAAGAGGUUGGGCCAUGAUGAGGACCCCUGGCUUUAUGUGACUUAAUUUAGACACCUGCUUCCUCUUUGUCUUCAUUUUCAAUCCAGCUGGAGAUUUCUCCUUCUUUUCUAGACAUUUUCUGAUCACUGGUAUUAGGUGGGGGUAAAUAUAUCUGACAGACCACUGUAGAGGGGGUCAGGAAAGAGGCUUCCAGAAGGAGAAAGCUUGUAGUAUCUUUGCCACUCCCAGUGGGUCAAUUUAGGAACCUGGAACCCACAGAAGCACACAGGAAACCA